AUGUCUGCGCAUAGGUUUGCGAACCCCAGCCAGCCCGUCCCACACCACCAGCAGCAGCCGGGACUCCCACCACAACUCCAGCAACCACAGCAUCAACAGGCGCCUCACAUGUCCUAUGGGCACCAGGCACACCAGGCUCCAUACGCGUACGCGCAGCUGAUUCCAGGGCAGCCCGGUGCCGUCGUUCCAGGCCCUCCACCGCCGCCGUAUGGACAAGUGGUAGAACAGCCGGGUGGCUAUUAUGCGCCCCAGCCCAUGCAACAGCAUAUUGCAUAUGGCUAUGCACCUACUGCCCCAGCACCUCCCAUGAACAGCCAACCGUACGGGAUGCCAACAGCGCCUAGUCAUAUGCAUCAGCAGCCGCCACAACACUCUUACGAUGCCGGUCAGAUGUAUGCGGACGCAUAUGCCCUCCAAGGUGGUGUAGUGCAGCAAGUGGGGAUGCCCGCGCCAGCAAUGCAAGGAGGUGCAAUGUAUGCCGACGAGUGGAAUGCUCAGAACCCACCUAAGAAGCGACGGGGCGGAAAGGGUCCUUCUAAACGUCCAAGCAAGCGACAAGGUCGAUGGGAUGCAGAGCCAGGGUACGUCACCUACGGGGAUGUUGCGAUGGCAAGGCAGCCGAUGCCGCCUCCACAUAUGGCUGUUUCAGCCGAGCUUCAUGAUUUGAUGGCGCCGCCACUGGAGGUGACUGGCGUUUCGCACAUGAUGCCCUACAUGCGGUUAAAACCGUCGAAUCCCGACGCCGCUGCCAGUGGCAAUAGCGUCGGAAAUGGCGAGUCCCGACCAUCAUAUGUCACCGUCCCGGAUACAGGCGCGCAAGUUGAAGUCAAAAUGUCGAGCGCCAUGAACAAACUCGAUGCGAUGAGAACGUCGGCGAUUGCCUUGGAGAUGGCGCGCAAGGCUUGGAAUAUCGAACAUAUUGAAUGGUGGCGGAUAUUUUGUAAAAUGGCUGGGAAGGGUCUGCCAAGCCUAGCUACUAGCAUGCGGGUACAACACAAAGCAGCACUUGAACCUGUGGAAGUCCUUGAGGCGGCGUUUAGGAAAGACACGUACGUCCGCCUGGUCUUCCUCCAGUCACUUAUACAAAGAAUCGAGGAUGCCAUGGCACACUUUAAAGAACGGCAGGCGAGAGCAAAGGCCCCUCAGACCGGAGCUCCAGCGCAGGAUCUCGACGCGAAAAUCGACUCGGAUAAGAAAACACAGCAGCGACUUCAAACCGUUCGCGCGAUCUUGAAUAAGGCGCAUACUAGAACAUCGAGUCUCUGCAAUGAGAACGAUGUCGCUAUCGGACGAUUAGAGGACGCGAUCAAAGGCAUCCGGGAAGAUCGUGUCACUAGACUAGUUCUCUCGGAUGGAAAAGCUCAGAAUACCCAGACCCAGGUCGGUCGAACAGCAAAGGACGCAUCUGCGCAGCCUUCCUCUGGUGUUGGCGACGGGAUGGACUCAGCCUUGAACGCGUUGGAAACACUUAUUACCAAAUUGCGUGAUCAAACCAAAGAACUCUCGGCACGUACCCUUCUUGCGCAGAAAGAAAAGACGGUGUGGGAUGCCUGGGUUGACGCGGAGCAGCGGAACGACGCCUUGCAGGAACAGAUGCAGAAGAUAAAGGAGGAUCUGGCGUUACAUGUCCAGGCUGUCAAGCAACUGGGUUCACAUAUUCAUCCCAUGGUUUUGAGCAAUAUCAACCUUCCUGUUUCUGUGCCUGGUGUGGAGGGCGAAACUGCCGGUAGUGCCGCACAACAACAAGCUCAUACUGCUCCAGGCCAAGCAGCCGGUUCGGGGUCGACCGUAGCCGGUGGAACAACGGCCGAGGCUGACAAAGCGCAACCGAGAAGCGGCGCUUCGAGUGAAUCCGUGACAAAUAUCGCAGGGAGCUUCCAGGCACUUCUGGCACUACCGAUAGACGCCGUCGGUGGCCCGGCACAAACAUCCGACACGAACACAACAGCCGUAAACGACCCGACGUCAAGCUACACAUCCAACAAGCGAAAGCAGCCCAACGUCCCCACUCUAUCGAGCUCAAGUGCAAAGCGCCAACGAUCCGCUGCUGUUGAUGACAAUAAGAAUUCCGAAUCACCGGUUGUCAGCCGAGACACUGCACCGGUAUCACGUUGGGUACCGCCGCCGGCCGCCGAAAAGCCUUACAUUAGCCCGCUCCGCGUGUGCAAUAUACCCGAUAGUGGCAGGACCGACGCUGAGUUCAUCCCGGCUGCUGCUGCCGCCGCCGCCGCGGAACCAGCCACGCAUUCGGCGGCUGGGAACAACGCUGAUGGGUUUGAUGACUCGUUUGGGGCUGGUGGGGCGGAAGAUAGCUUCCAUUCAUCUAGUUCUCACAACAUGGGUGGUUCGCUUAACAACAGUAACAACGAACCUCCCGAGCAGCACCAGGAUGAAACGUCGUCCAGUUUCCUCGGGGACUUUGACGAUAUAGGCAACCAGCCACCGGACCUCGGGAAAGAACUCCCAGCUGACAGUCGCGGCGGGGACGAAGCGCAACGCCGCGAACUGAUCAAAUCCCACCAGAAGAUCAAAGAGCUCUCCACCCGUAUCUCCCAACUCGAAGCUCAACUCUCCGAAGAAUCCGCGGUCUCCACCACCCGCGGCGAGCUGUGCGAGACCCUCCGCGAAGAAAAAGCCAGAAUAACCACCGAGCUCGAAAAACAGCACCGACGCUUCGAUCGAGCCGAGCAAGAACAUCAAGAGCGGGCACGCGCCGCCGACGCCCGGUGGAAGAAGGAUAACGAUUUAUUGUGGAAAGUCAAAGCGCAGCUGUUUGAAGCCCAUGAACGCAUCGACGAUCUGCACCGUGAGCAUGAAACAAAAGGCCGCCCUGCUGCUGAUUUUGACGCGGAGCGGUUGGAGCUUAGUGGCCAGAUUACGGAGCUGUCGGGCGCCAAGGAGAUGCUUGAAGAACGCGAGCGCGAGCUGUUGGAUGAGAUUGAGGAGAACAAGAUUGAGAUUGCGCAGAUUCGGCAGGAUGCGUUGGAGAAUAAGAAUAAGGUUAUGGCGUUGGAGGCUGAGGCCGUUGCGACUGCUGCUGCGAUGGAGGAGAUGCGGGCGCAGACGGACGCGAUGAGUAAGAUUGAUGUUGAGGCGGCGGAGAAGUGUCGGAAGGAGUUGGUGGAAACGAAGGAGAUCAUUGCGGGGUUGACGAAGGAGAAGGAUGAUUUGGGGACCAAGAAUGCGGAGAACGAAAAGAGGAUUGGGGAUCUUGAAGCCGCGAUCGGGGAGAAGACGGCGUUGGUGGAAACCCUGAAACAGGAGAUGGAAACGAAAGCAGUUGCCCACCAAGCCGAGCUCGACAAACUCAACCGCGAAGCCGUCGAGUCCACCACCAUCAUCAGCGAGAUGCAAGCGGAGCUCAACGAGAUGGUCGAGAAAAUAGAAACAUUGCACAAGGAGACCAAAGCUGCCGAAGCGCGCGCUGACGAAUGCAAGGAGCGGAUCCAGGCGCUCUUGAAGACGAUCGACGAACGGGCGGACGCGGAGGAACAGCGGUAUGCGGAGAUUGUACGCGGGAACAAGUUUUAUCACCAGUUGCAGGCGCAGAAGGCGUUGUGUUUGGAGUUGAGCUGCAGGAUCGAGGCGAUGGAGAUGAAGCGGUUUGAGGAGGUUAAGGCGGCUUUGGGUAUCACCGAUUCCGCUGCGGCCUCAGUGGAAAAAGCUGCUGACUUGGCCGGCGAGGCAACUGGACACACUGUCGUUGUUGAGAAGGACGGGCCGGGAAGCCCUACACCAGCGCCUGCGCCCCUCACAACACCCACGACAACAACAAAACCGACCACCCCAGCGCCCUGGCAACUCCUUGCUCUCACCCAGAUCUGGGAACGCGAAACCGCCCAAACCUUGCAAACCAUCCACACCCGCGAAAACAAGCGGCACCGGCAACUCGAGCUCGUGAUCCAAGUCAUGCGCGACGAGGCCCGCGCUGCGACCGCCGCGCGCGAUACCCUCAUCGGGCAGCUCGCCGAAGCGAAAGCCGCCGCUACCUCCGCUCAGCAGGAGCAGGAGCAGUGCCGGUUUGUGCUGGAGAUUGUCAAGCGGAAUGCCGCGAUUGCGGUUAAUGAUGCACGGGCGCGAACGGCUGUGUUGGAGAAGAGGAUGCGCGCAUUGGCGAGUGUGCUCGGGGGUGAGGAGUCGGGGAUGCAGGUUCCGCCGUUUUCGCAGACACCGCAACAACAGCAACAAAGCCCGCAGCAACAACAACAGCAAACACCGCAACAGCAACAAUCGCAGCAGAUGCAGGACGUGAAGACCGAGUAUGGCUGGAUCGGGUCUCAUGACCGCAGCAGGAACUCCGUAGAGCGCGACACAACCCCUCCUUCCUCACGACGUGCGGAGCAACGCAUCCCGCACCCGCUCGCCCAAGCCGUAGCCGCUGCGGCAUCCAGAACACAGCCGGGGCAGCAGCAGCGGGCCACGAGCGUGCCGCCGCAAGACAUGCGGACGCCUCAGAGCAAAUCUGCAGCGUACCGCGGUAGAAGCGGGGCGUAUCGACGUGCGUCCGUGGUCCAGCAGCGGCCUCCGCAUCCACUUAUGCAUAUGGUUGCGGCCGUUGAUGUCGCUGAGGCGGGUGCGAGGGCGGCCGCACAACGGGAGGCGAGUGCAAGUGUGCCGAUGCAGGGUGUCAAGCAGAGUGAUGUGUUUGCUCGCCCGGGUGUUCCACAGCAUCAGCUGACACCCACAGUUGCUCCCGCGGCGGCACCGAGUACGCAAACACCACUGCAAAGACAGCAGAUUGUACCAAUGCAAGGCACAAAGGAAACCGACGUCUUCCUCCGCCCGACCAUCCCACAGCAGUCCCACCCAACACCCCUUGAGCUCCUCGCGAAACUGAAAGCGGCGAGUGUAACGAUGCAGCCCGCGAAACCAGGCGAAGCUCUAGCCUGUACCGCAACACCGCAACUGUCCCUGCCCACGGCACUGGAGCUGCUGGCGAAGUUGAAGGCUGCGGGUGUGACCACACGUACGGCCAUUUCGCAACCGUCAACGGCACCGGCAAGUACCGUCUCAACACCGACACCAGCACCCACCGUUGCUCCGGCCCCGGAGGCAAAACCAGUUAAAUCCAGCACACCCAUCCAAGACGUAGCAACGACCCCGAAACCCCUAUUCAACCAGGGCGGGAUUAAGCUUGUUGCACGGGGAGGGUCUGUGCCUCCGUCUACUCAACCCAUGAACACGAUCACGCCCAUCACCAAGUAUAAGGAGAUCAGACCGAAACCGCCACCGGAGUCGGUCCUCCCACCCCCACCCCUGCCGAAGAUCCCCUUGUCGUCGCCGCCGGAUCCGAUGAGUGUGGUGAAGGAUGUGCAUGUUGUUGGGGGAAGUGUUGUGGGGAAGGGAAACAGUGGUGGUGUUGCGACGAGUGUUGCAGCGAAUGUUGGUGGAUGUCUCGGCAUGACGUCGGCUCCGGCUGUUGAUGUCACUCCGCCAACGAAGCAGUUCCCGAUCGGCGAGAUUGAGAAGAGCGUGGCGUCGAUGGUUGCGGCGUUGGCGGGGAAGGGUGGUGCACGUGCGUCUUCGGCGGCUCCUGGUCCUGCGCCAACCUCGACUGCGGCUACGCUUGUGCCUGUUGUGCCUUCUGGUCCGGCAGUCGCAGUCGCUCCCAUAUUUCCGUCACAGCAGCAGACGACGAUGGCGCUUCCCGCUACAACAGGCCCGAAAGACAGCUUCCCUGCGGCAACGACUGAUGUGGCCAACGUGGCCGAUGCGGUACAGAAACAGCAGGCGGCACUUGCAAUCGCUCCCGUGUUUUCAUCACAGCAGCAGACGAGGACGGGGGCUCCCGCUACAACAAGCACGAAUGAUAAAGUCUCUGCGGCUGUCAACGUGGCCAUGGACGCGAUGAAUGCGGCACAGAGACAGCAAGCGGCAACGGGUACGGGUGUUGUGACCCCGGUGCCUGCCGUGAAACCGGUCAGUUUGCAACAACAACCAUCAACAGCGAAGAAUCGCCAUGUACCCGCUGUGCCUACUAUGGCGACCGCCGCACUGAAGCAGGACACGGCUCAAUCACCGGAAGGCGCGAAAGCUGGCCCAUCGAGCAGAUGAUGAGUUGAUGUCAACCCUGUGCUACGCUGCACGUCUACCUACGGGACUAAAGACAGACCCUUCUUACAAGGACCAAUCUGAGGACUGGAGAUGCUAAUAGGUGGCGUCGGCGGCGUAUGCAUGGGUUGUUUGGAUCGAGGAGCGGAAAAGGGGCGGACAUCUGUGGAUUUGUUAUAUGUGGGCGGGGACCUUUCUUGUAUUUUUUUUCCUUAUAAAUAAGCUUGGGAGGCGGACAUGGGCGUGCGCGGGUCUUUUAAGUCUAUGACUGAACCCCCUCUGUACAUGUAUUAGUUGGAUGUUGAAUGGUGAAUGUAUAUAGUA